AUGCCGAGCAUCAAUGAAGCGGAAACUAUCCGCAUUCUUGUCUCGACUGACAACCAUGUCGGCUACAACGAGCGAGAUCCCAUCCGGGGUGAUGAUAGCUGGAAGACCUUCCAUGAGGUCAUGUGCUUAGCCAAGGAGCAAGACGUCGACAUGGUCUUAUUAGCAGGAGACCUGUUCCAUGAGAACAAGCCCUCGCGUAAAUCGAUGUAUCAAGUGAUGCGAUCGAUUCGCAUGAACUGCUUCGGAGACAAGCCAUGCGAGAUGGAAUUACUUAGUGAUGCCAGCGAAAAUUUCCAGGGUGCCUUCAACCAUGUCAACUAUGAGGACCUAGACAUGAAUAUUGCCAUUCCGAUCUUCUCUAUUCAUGGCAACCAUGAUGAUCCUUCUGGCGAGGGCCAUCUCGCAGCACUGGAUCUACUACAGGUAUCUGGCCUGCUCAAUUACUAUGGAAGAACUCCUGAAUCGGAUAAUAUCGAGAUCAAACCCGUUUUGCUCCAAAAGGGUCGUACCAAGCUUGCACUGUAUGGAAUGAGCAAUGUCCGCGAUGAGCGUCUCUUCCGCACCUUCCGUGAUGGAAAGGUCAAGUUCUUCCAGCCAUCCAUCCAGAAAGAUGACUGGUUUAAUUUGAUGUCAGUGCAUCAAAACCACCAUGCCUAUACCGAAUCGGGGUACCUUCCCGAGAACUUCUUGCCAGGUUUUAUGGAUAUGAUUGUCUGGGGCCAUGAACACGAGUGUCUGAUUAACCCCAGACUUAAUCCGGAAAUGGGGUUCCAUGUCAUGCAGCCGGGAUCAUCGGUCGCGACAUCCCUCUGCCCGGGAGAGGCCGUGCCGAAAGACGUCGCGAUACUAAGCAUUACAGGUCGAGAGUUCAAGUCUGAGCCCAUCCGUUUAAAAACGGUUCGCCCUUUUGUGAUGCGGGAAAUCGUAUUGUCUCAGGAAAAGGGUGCCCAAAAGCUACUACGGAACGACAAUAAUCGAUCAGAGGUGACACGUUUCCUUAUGACAAUAGUGGAGGCAUUGAUUGAGGAAGCCAAAGCAGAAUGGCUGGAGUCACAAGAUAAAUCUGGUGAUCAAGAAGAUCUACCUGAGAUGCCUCUGCCACUCAUCCGACUUCGAGUUGAAAUUUCUACACCCGACGGUGGGAGUUACGAAUGCGAAAAUCCACAACGGUUCUCAAACCGCUUUGUAGGUAGAGUGGCAAACGUGAAUGACGUGGUACAAUUCCAUCGGAAGAAGAAGUCUGCAACCAGAAGCAAAGAUACAGACAAUGAAGAGGCACAUGUCUCGCAUCUGGUUGGUUUGGACACCGUGAAAGUGGAGCAGCUAGUCAAGGAGUUCCUUGCAUCACAGUCGCUGAGUAUUCUUCCCCAAAAUACUUUUGGCGAUGCGGUUGCGCAGUUUAUUGACAAGGAUGAUAAACAUGCCAUGGAAAUGUUUGUCAAUGAGUCUCUUGACAACCAGAUCAAACACCUCAUGACUUUGGAUCGAGAUGAAGACGAAAUGGACGACGAGGAGAUGGCUAAAAGCUCCUUGGCCCAAGCUAUGGAGAAAUACCGCUAUCAGAUGGAAGAAAUGUUCGCUAAGGGAGUCAAAAAGCGCAGUCGAGGGAAGAAGCGAUACAAGCCCAAGCCAGAUGGCUGGGACUCUGAUUUUGAUGGCGCGUGGGAGGAUCAACCAGGCGCACUUCUUCAUUCAGACACCGAAAAUGGAGAUCCCGCCGAAGAAUCUGAAGAUGGCCCAGCCCCAGUCGCAAGUCGCGGUCGUGCUUCAGCGAAACCCUCGGUUCGUGGUCGAGGCAGAGGUCGUGGAGGUCGGGGUGCAGCUGCUACCAGUACUCGAACUACAGCCCCGAAAGCCGCUACCACAUCCAUCAAAGGGCGCAAGAAGAAGCCUCCCUCCGAUGUUGAAUCAGUCGCUGAGGAUGACGUUAUUAUGCUGGAUGACGACGACGACGACGACGAUGUAGCAGCCACUAUCAUCUCUGAUGAUGAUGACGAUGAUGAUGACGAUGAUGAUGACUCCCAGGCUUUAUUUGUCAAGCAGCCCCGCUCUACUGCUGCGUCUAGGGGGCGCAAAGCCACUACAGCUGCAACUACCACGCGAAGCCGCGGAGGACGCGCAGCGGCAUCACCUGCACCAUCUUCGGCUACGAUCACAGCCCCGACCACCCGCCGAACAAAUGCUCGUGCCGUCAAGCCGACUCAAACCACACUGAGCUUUGUUGGAUCUCAGGCCAGCCGUCCCAGUAGAUCAACUCGCAGCAUUAGUCCUCCUAGCGAUGAUGAUGACGACGAUGCCUUUGAGCCGAUGACAUCGAGUUCCAGGCGCAGACGCUAA